UCGUCUGCAUUGCACGUGUACGAGGUCACAGGGACCGCCGCCCGGACUCGCGCUCCUCUAAUUCUAACAGUUUCCAAGACAAAUUACCAGCGACUAUGAGUGCCAUCAGCCGUGCUAUGUACCGCCUCCAAGGCUCUCUGCUGCCGGGGGUCAUGGGCGUUCGCAGUGUGGUGGCGCCGUCGCGAAACCUGACGAGGAACUUGGUGGUGAUGUGCUCCAACGCCGGUCACGGCCGCCGCACGCAGCUCCGGUCCUCCACGCUGUGCUCCUGCGGCUGCGGGAUCCACGGCAUGCACACAAGAGGAGAUAGAGAGUUGGUAGAAUUCCUACAAGAAGAAAUAGUGGCUGAGAGGAAGACAAUGGCCAGUGGUGUUCCUUCACAUGUAGAUGAUUUUAAAGUUAAUGUUAAUGAUGCAGAGGUUACUCUUACAAAGAACUUCCAUGAUGAGGUCAUUACUAUCAGCCUCAACGUGAAUCACACAGUAGACACUGAAGCCCCUGCUGAGUUGAGCCAAGACCAGUCUGAGGGAGAGCUCAAGAGCCGUCCCAGCUUUGAAGUUGAUCUCAAGGUUGGCUCGAAAACCCUGUCGUUCACAUGCUCUUACACAGGGCCAAGUGACAUUACAGAAGGUCAAGACCAGAUUGAUGAUGUUUUUGGUAUCAAUGAACUCACCAUGUAUGAGGGCGAAUGGAAUGAAGAAGUCUACUGUGUUUCUGGAGAUAUUUUGGAUGGCAUGAUGUAUGACCUUCUAAUGAACAUGUUGGAGGAGAGAGGAGUCACAAAUGAAUUUGCAGAGAAAUUAAGCAAUCUCUGCUCAGACUAUGAACAUUCUUUAUAUGUUCAUUUACUUCAAAAAGUGCAGGACUUUGUCAAGAGGAAAUAAGUGAGAAACUCUUGAACUGACAACAAAUCACCACAGUAUCAUCAAGCCCAAAAUUUCAAGUUAAUGAAUGGUCUGCCUUGUAAAAGUAACCAUUUAUGCUCAAUUCUGAGUGUAAAUGCAUCAGAUAUUUCUUGUAUUGGAUAUAUCUAGGGCUCUUCAUUUUCAAUUUUUUUUUGUUUUUAAUAGUUACAUAAAAACAAAGAUUUUGAUCAUUAAUAAAAAACUACAAACUUUAUAUGUUUACAGUUUGUUCUGUUGUAUAGCUUUUUAUAUUUAUCAGUUAAUGGUAUCGUCUUUGCAGAAGGCAAGACAAUGUAAGUAAUAUGUACAGAAGAAGUCUAGUUUGUAUGGCCAUGAGUAUUUCUUAAUAAAUACCAAAAAUUA